UUCAGACAUGGCCGAAACAACAGGAGAGGGACCGCAAGGAGGACCAUUUUUAAACAAAGACAGAAUUAAAAACAGUCCCGAGGAGGAGUCCAGGCUGGAAAAGCAGCAUUUCUGGAGAAUAAUCGAUGCUUUUAGAUUUUACAGGGACCAUGUCCAGGAGCAGGUCAAGCGUGCUGAGGGUCAGUUUCUGAGCCUCCCGCAGCGCCACCAGAAUUUGCUGCCAGAUGUUUUGUCCAACCUGAACCGGAUCAGCCAGUGUGCCGACCACAACCAGGACAUUCUGCAGGGCAUCAUUCACAACAGCCUCCACAUGUUUGAGAACAUUGAGUACGGCGAGAGGGAGGAUCCGCGGAAGACUCGCUCAUCUACUACGUUUGACAUGGACAAGGUUAAGUCCACCAUAAAGCAGUUUGUCAGAGACUGGAGCGAGACGGGCCGGGCUGAGAGGGACACCUGCUACAAGCCCAUCAUCCAAGAGAUCCAAAGACUUUUCCCGAGUGACCGAUAUGAUGUGUCUAAGGUGAGCGUGCUGAUUCCGGGUGCUGGGCUCGGCCGUCUAGCCUGGGAGAUAGCGCGGCUGGGUUACGCUUGCCAGGGCAACGAAUGGAGCUUCUUCAUGCUCUUCUCUUCCAACUUUGUUCUCAAUAGGUGUGAAAACGUGAACUCUCUGACCCUGUACCCCUGGAUCCACCAGUUUAGCAACAACAAGAAAUCCUCCGACCAAACGCGACCGAUCAUCUUCCCCGAUGUCAACCCUCAGAGUUUACCACUAGAUGCAGACUUUUCCAUGGUAGCAGGGGACUUUGUGGAAGUCUACAGGGACUCAGAUUCCUGGGACUGUGUGGCGACCUGCUUCUUUAUAGACACCGCUCAUAAUGUCAUCGAGUAUGUGGAGACGAUCUGGAAGAUUCUUAAGCCUGGUGGAGUGUGGAUAAACCUGGGUCCACUGCUGUACCACUUUGAGAACAUGGCCGACGAGCUGUCAGUGGAACUUAGCUACGAAGACAUUCGGACAGCGAUCGUUAACUUUGGCUUCCAUAUAGAGGUGGAGAGAGAGUCAGUUCAGACCACUUACACAGAGAACGACCACUCUAUGUUGAGAUACAUUUACGACUGUGUCUUCUUUGUGGCACGAAAACCUGCUGACCUGUACUUUAACGGUCACGAAGAAGAAAACGACCAACUACGAAGUUCUCCGCCGUGCGCUAAGUCACCACGACGAGAAGGCACCGACAGCCUGACGUGACAGGAAAUCCUUCGCCAAAACCCAUUAACUUCGAGGCGUGCAACCAUUGGCCAAGAGACGCUUAGACUGACAAAAGGAAAAAAGAUCAAUGGACAUACAUUUUCUUUUUGUUUUGUCAUAUAUCGUUUUUUAUGAUUCAUCUCAUAAAAGAUGUCCAACUCCGCAGGCCCUGUGUUACGUGUAACACCUGAAAAACAUCUAAAUACUCUUUGUGUCUUUUAUACCUGGCUUUGAGAUGAGUCGUCGCCAUUUUAGUGGCUUGUGUGUCAGCUGCAAGCCACGAAGAGCAAACUUCUUUUAACUGCAGUCCUGCCUGCGCUCUUACUAACUCUCAUCUCCAUUGAUUUUCACUGCCUGAGAGAGAGUGUGUGUGUGUGUGUUUGUGUGUGUGUGUGUGUGUGUGUAAUAGAACAGCGUGAUGUGAGCAUUAGCUUUUGAAAUCUAUUUAUUUUUUCACAUAUGAUGCCAAUAAUGUCGACUCAUGUUCAUUGAUUAUCGGUCAACACCGAAAAUGUAAUCGAAUCAUGUUUCAGCUUUUCAGGAAAAAGUUGUUUUUAAAGUUGGAGAUGACUCAUCGACCUUUCUGAUGUCUAAUCACACUUUGUAAUAAAGCCAAACA